UUGGCCAACAAACGAACCGAGAAUAAUCAUUAUUGCUGCGCAGUUGUUGUGUUUUUAGACGUGUCAAUUGUUUGUCUAAUUGCGCCAGCCAACGACGCUGAAAAACAGCUGGCACAUGCGCAGAACCAAAGACAGCAUUCCAGCGCACAAAGGAGACUUCCACCACCCACGAAAAUCGCAAUACCAAUAACCCAGCAACGGCUAUAAAGAACGGAAGGAGGGGUGGACUCCACUUUUCCAGGGAGAAAGCAAGAAUCCGCGAGAGAAGACGACACUCUAGCUCGGUUUUUCGUAUUUGAGCCAUUGAAAUUCCGUUGCUCCGUCAGUUUUCAGAGGACCUUCGAAGUGGGCAGCCGAGAAUCCAAAAGUCUCCUGGCGACCAACGAAUAACAAGAAACCCCAUAAAGCAAAAAAAUCCCAGUUGGCAGAGAAAAGCUCAAGUGGUAAAUUGGCUGCGACUCAAAUUACUUUAGUUGUGCGAAAAGCAAAUAGUAAAAAUUAAAAAUAAAAAGAAAACAGUUCGAGCGUGGCGUGUGUCCAUGUGGAAAAUCGAUCGAAUCGUAGAGUAUUUAUCGUGUAAUUGUGCCCAAUAGCCACGCAAUUCGCAGACCGUUUUAUUGAUUUUCCCCACUGCCUCGCCAAGUUGCAAUAAAAUAAAGAUUUUCCUUCCAUUCUGCCAUCUUGCCAUCUUGCAGCGUGCAAAUUUCAAGUUAAAUGCGAGAAUUUACAUAACGCCAAAGCGUUUGAAAGUGAAACUUCUGUGGUGCGAACGGAACACUGAAAGAAAGAAAAACCUAUUACAAAAUAUCGUAUCAUAUCGUCUGCCCAGUGUAGUAAAAGUCGGAGCGCAAGGAGCGGGAGAGCAGCAGCAGCAGUGGAAAGCCGAGAGAGCGAGAGAGCUUGAACGUGCGCACGUUUUCCUGGUCAGGACACACCACUAAUCCUUGAGAGAAUCGAGCAGGCGACGGCCAAGGAGGAGGAGCAGUAGCAACCAACAUGUUUUCGGGCCUAACAAAUCAAUUCACCUCGCUGGUGGGCGCCGUGAAGGGAGGCGCUGGCGACGAGGAUGUGCCCGCGCCCACAGGCGAGGCGGCCGCAGCCGCUCCAGCCGCCGCCUCCACAUCCUUGGAGGCGAACUCUGCGGCAGCCGUGGAUCCCGAGGCAGCCGCAGCCGCCGGCGCCGAAGGACUUGAGGGCGAGGAAGCUGGCAAAAGACUUCCCAAAUCCGCUUCCCUGGUUGAUUCAUUAGUCACCGAAGCCACCGGAUGGUUGGGAAGUGCCAAGGGCUGGCUGGGAAACGCCUCGAUACCGUCGAUGCCAGCCAUGCCGUCGAUGCCAUCGAUGCCAGCCAUGCCAGCGAUGCCGUCGAUACCAUCGAUUCCGGGACUGCGCAAGGCCGGCGGAGCCGAGGGGGCCGAGGGCGCCGAGGGAGCUGCCGCCGGAGAGGGCGGGGCCGCCGCCGGUGGAGCCGUGAGUGGUGGCGAGGAUGACGACAAGUCGAGGUAUAUUAGUGCCACGGAGGGCGCCGACUCGCAUCCUGCAUCGGGCGGUGGAACACCCACCGGCGACGAGGGUCAAAUCGGACAGGGUAAGGGCGAUGAAGUAAAAAUUACCACAAAAGUAACACAGCAGGCCAAACACUUUGGAUCCUUCUUGUCUUCGGCCAUCAGCAAGGCUGGCAGCAAAAUCAAGGAAACAGUUAAGGAUAAUACCAUUCUCGACUCGUUCAACAAGGAGCAGGAGGCCUUCAUCAAGGGCCAAGGAGGCGUGGGCAAUGGAGCUGCUCCGUGGAUCGGACACGCCAACGAGUCCAAGAUCAAGGAGGAGAUCCUGGGACUGUCGCAGGAUCGCCGCAACUUUGUGCGCGCCCCACCAGCCGGCGUGGACUUUGAGUUCAGCUACGACACCGCCUAUCCCACGGCCAUAGCCAUUAUGGCCGAGGACAAGGCGCUCGAGACGAUGCGAUUCGAGCUGGUGCCCAAGAUCAUCACUGAGGAGAACUUCUGGCGGAAUUACUUCUACCGCGUCUCACUGAUCAUCCAGGCCGCCGAGCUGGGCACUCUCGGCGCCGAUGGCGUGGGCCAGGCUUCCAGCGGUGAAGAUGCCAAAGAAGUGGCCAAUAAAGAGAGCACAUCCAAGACUGUCGUCGAGCCAGCCAAGAGCGAUUCGAGUCUGAAAGCCAUUGCCGAGCAGCCGAAGGCAUUGAUAGAGCCUGAGGUUCAGGAGCCAAAUGAGGCCAUCAAGUCGAAGGGUCGGGCGGGCAAAGAACUGGGCCACAAGAUCUCCGAGUCGGAAUUCGUUUCGGACGACUUUCAGACCUCGAGCGAAUCGGACUUGGCUGAAAUCCAAGACGGCAUGCGAAAAUUGGGCAUUGAUAGCAUGACCCAACAGGCAUUAGCCACGACUGAUGAGGAACAAUGGGAAAAGGAUCUGGAAGCUGAACUCAAGGACUACGAGGUGGUUGACGAAGGCGGCACCGGCGGCGGCGGCGGCGGAGGACGCAGAAAAGGCAGGAAGGCCGGCGAGGAUGACGACGCGAAUGCGGAGGGGGAGGGGGAUGAGGACGAACCGACAAUAUCAAACUUGCGCACACGCUCGACUAACAACGAUUGGGAGGAGUACGCCGAUUUAAUUGAGGAUACCGAUGAUUUAAAAACUUUGAAGUGCCUAAAGCGCACGAUGUUGGGCUAUCCAUGAGACGAGGCGGUAGUCCCAGCGCUCUUCUAGUGCCGGUGGUCCGCAAACAUAACCCUAGGGACCUGCCUUGGGUUGGCCUAUUGGAAAAGUUGGUUGAGAUACUAUCCCCCCACACACACACCCACUCAAUUAUUGGCCCCAGAGCAAAGCGUUUUAUUCAGUUACCUUCCGACAUGAUAUAAGACACUAAAGCAAAAUGAAAACGAUUUUGUUCAACCUUAACGUUUUACCCGAAAAGAAUCGAAUUGAACCAAGCCCAAGCCAAUCUGGUAUUCAAAUAUAUCGACUAUAUUACAUUUUAUUUGGUUGACACACCGAGUGGCAGCGGUAGAGGGAGUCGUCGGUAUUACUUGCCAAUUGUUCAGCACACGAAAUCCGAAAAUCUGGCAGUCAGUUACCUAUCAAUAAGUACUUAUAUAGACACACAACUAUGAAUGCAGUCUAAACGAGAAACUGGCUAAUGCUAUAGAAUGCAGAUCAUAUUUCAAUAUAGUGACUAAAAAUUGAGUAAACAAAACAAGCUUCAAAGGGAAAAUUUUGUUAUUUAUAUUUAUAAAUAAAUUAUAUAUAAAUAUAUAUACACAUAUAUAUGUAUACAGAUAAAUUAAUGCAUUUGAAUUUAAUGUGUAAAAAUUAUUAUAAUAAAAUAUAGAUAUAAAUAUGUAAAGAUACGAGACACCCAAAAUAAAAGUUGAAUAUUUGAGUUGGAAAAUCCUCAAAAAUGCUCUUUUCUUUUAAAACUUGCAAUUGAAUUACAUGCGAAAUAAAACUUAGUAAUUUUAUUAGUUGAGAGCAAGAAAAUAACAUUCAAGAGUAUUAUUUCUCCCUCAAAUAGUUUUUAGUCAAACAAAAAUAUUAAACAUUAAAAAAAUAUUCAAUUAUCAUUGAUUGAUGCUUAAACACAACACGUUGAAGAAUAAAUAACAAUGCAUAUAAAUAAAAUACCAAUUGUUUAGCUCAAUUUAAGGCGCGCCAACAAGUUUUCUUUUCCGAACAGUUUUAGUUCGAAUUAAACUUCUUUAGGAUUUUUUCUUAAAAAACUCUCACCUUGCUGUUCCAUACUAACAAGACACGAAACUUCCUUGAACGAAACUAAAAACAAAAUGCCAAAACAAUAAUAUUCUGAAUUGGACUUGAAAGAUCAAGAACUAAAAACGCAAUUAACAAAUUACAAAUAACAAAUGAAAGUAAAUGCAAUUAUAAACAAUAAGCAGUUCAAAACCUUUGAAACAAAUAUAUACACAUAUAUAUUUAUAUAUUUCACUAGACAAAUUUUUAUGCAUAAACUAAAAACCAAACAAAUUCUAUAUUAUCAAUGUUUUUGCUCUAAAUGUCUAACUAAUUGUUAAUAAAACCAAAAAUCAAAUUAUUUUCUGCAGACAAGACGUUAUAUGAGAAUGCUAUGAAUGUGUAAUUAUUUGUUAGCAGUGACGAAAUAUAUUAAAAACAAGCGGAUGAAACGAAAAAAUUAACAGUUAUGACAUUAAACUGUAUAUUGUACAUUUACUUUUAAACAAAUGAAAUGUAUUUACACGAAACGGCAUGGAAUAUGAUAAACUAAAGAAAUUUUAAAAUUUAUAUUUACUUUGUGCGUUUUUAAACAUGUUGGCGACACAAUGACAAGCAAGUUAGUGCAUAAACCGAACUAAUAAUAAAAAUAAAGAUUAACGAUUAAUGAUAAAUAAUGUAAUAAUGUUGACAGCAUACAUAUGUAUUUUACAAGGCAGAACAAACCCAACCCUAAUACCCGAUCCUCACCGAAUCCCAAAAAGAUAUAUCAAGCCCCUGCAUUGACUCUCUCACACAUUUUUUAUUGUCUGCAAACAGUUUAUUAUUAAACCGAACAGAAAGCAAAAAUUAAAUUAAUGUUUAUGAGCAAAGUUUGUUGAGCAGCAUUCCAUUAAUAUAACAUUGCAAAAUGAAAUAAAAUAUAUGUAUAUGUACUAAUUAAAGUAUAUCACCCCGAAACGGAAAACAAAAAGUAUAAUUUAGUUGUUUAAUGAUUGAUAAUAUUUAGACACAGAGGAUGCCCCAUUGCACCCUCCGGAUGCAAAAAUAGUCAGCAAAAGCAGAGACACUCCUUGAAAUGCCAUAGAACAUUUUCCACUCAAUGUAAAACCAAGCGCAGAACGCGGAGUUUCUCUGACGAGAGCACCCUGAAACUAAGCACAGCAAACGGAAAAUAAAUAAAACAUUUUGUGUAAAGUUCGAUGACAGACCGAAGACAACAGCAUGAACACAUACGAGUAUAUACAUAAUAAAUAUAUAUGAGAACAAUUUAACGAGAUUAAAAUCAACUAAAGUAAUAAAGGGAAAGUGUAUAACUAUUAAAACUAACGAAAA